AUGAAGCUGAAGGGAACGGUGGUGUUGAUGCGUAAGAAUGUGCUGGAUAUCAACGCCCUUAAAUAUGCUAAAAGUGCCACCGGUUUCGUCGGCGGCGCCAUCGGUGUUGUGGGUGGUUUGAUGGGAACAACGGUUGACACUCUGACUUCCUUUGUUGGACGAUCUGUGGCUCUCUGGUUGAUCAGUGCCACCGCUGCUGAUGGAAAUGGAAAUGGAAAAGUGGGAAAGAAGACAUAUUUGGAAGGAAUUAUUACCUCGAUACCAACUUUGGGAGCUGGCCAAUCUGCAUUUGAUAUUCAUUUUGAAUGGGAGAGUGACAUGGGAAUUCCUGGAGCAUUUUUAAUACAAAAUCAUAUGCAAGUUGAGUUCUUCCUCGUCAGUUUAACUCUUGAAGAUAUUCCUAAUCAUGGAACAAUGCACUUUGCCUGUAACUCAUGGGUUUACAAUUAUAAAAGUUACGAAAAGGAUCGAAUUUUCUUUGCCAACGAGACAUAUGUUCCAAGUGAAACACCAGGUCCACUAGUUACUUACAGAGAAGCAGAAUUGCUGGUUCUAAAAGGAAAUGGAACAGGAAAGCGCAAGGAAUGGGAUAGAGUUUAUGAUUACGAUGUUUACAAUGAUUUGGGCAAACCCGACAAUGGUGAAGACUUUGCUCGCCCAGUUCUUGGAGGAUCUGUCACUUAUCCCUACCCUCGUAGAGGAAGAACAGGAGGAAAGCCAACAAAAAAGGAUUCCAACUGUGAGAAACCGAGCGAUGAUGUUUAUGUUCCAAGAGAUGAAAAUUUUGGUCAUUUGAAGUCAUCUGACUUCCUUACUUAUGGGAUCAAAGCUUUAUCUCGAAACUUUUUGCCGACGCUCAAAUCUGCAUUCGAUUUAAAUUUCACACAAAAUGAGUUUGAUAGCUUCGACGAAGUACGUGCUCUAUGUGAAGGUGGAAUCAAGCUGCCUACAGAUGUACUCUGCAAAAUUAGCCCCUUACCUGUGCUCAAAGAAAUAUUCCGCACUGAUGGUGAAAAAGUCCUCAAGUUUUCAGUACCUCAUGUAAUUAGAGUUAGUAAAUCUGCAUGGAUGACUGAUGAAGAGUUUGCAAGAGAAAUGAUUGCAGGUGUAAACCCUUGCGAGAUUCGCCGUCUACAAAAGUUUCCACCACAAAGCAAGUUGGAUCCCAAAGUGUACGGUGAUCAAACAAGUAAAAUGACUGCACAACACUUGGAGACUAACCUUGAAGGGCUCACAGUAGAUAAGGCAAUGAUAAAUGCAAUUGAAUAUAAGAGACUAUUCAUAUUAGAUCACCAUGACGUGUUUAUGCCGUUUUUGAGAAGGUUAAACGAAUCCAAAUCAAUAAAAGCUUAUGCCACGAGGACAAUCCUUUUCUUGAAAGAUGAUGGAACCUUAAAGCCAUUGGCCAUCGAAUUAAGUUUGCCACAUUCAGGUGAACAACAACCUGGUGCUGAUAGUAGAGUGAUCCUUCCUGCAAACCAUGGAGUUGAAAGUACAAUUUGGCUAUUAGCCAAGGCUCAUGAAAUGAUUCCUAAUCCUUUUUUAUAUAAAUGGGGUCACAGGUUGAAUACUCAUGCUGUGAUUGAACCCUUUGUCAUAGCAACAAACAGGAAUCUCAGUGUUCUUCACCCUGUGUAUAAACUUCUAUUUCCUCACUAUCGUGACACAAUGCAUAUCAAUGCACUUGCUCGACAAUCACUAAUUAAUGCUAAGGGCGUUAUAGAGCAAUCCUUUUUGGGUGGAAAGUAUUGUAUGGAGAUCUCUUCAGCAGCUUACAAAAAAUGGGUGUUUCCUCACCAAGCAUUACCUACUGAUCUUAUCAAGAGGUAA